AUGCCCAUCCACCCACCACCACAUAACCACGGCGAGGUUAGAUGCACUGCCGGUCAUGACUCCUAUGACGACGGCAUGACUCCCAAACAACUCACCGAGGUCAAAAGACAAGCCGUCGAAGAGAACGGCGGGCUCUUUUGCCCUACUUGUGGGAAGAAGUUCUCCGGCAAAUAUGAAUACGCAAACUCGAACUAUCAGAGGCACCUUCGCGAGCAGAGCACUCGCGUUGAAUGCAGCUACUGCCCCUCCACAUUCGCCCGUCCCGGAAACCUGCACAAGCACUUGCUAGAGAAGCAUCCGCAGCAAGUGUGCAUGCAUUGCGGCACGGUUCCAACCCCCAAACAGACUCCUCCUCAACGCUUCCAAUGCCCACUUUGCCCACGGACAUGCCGCAACACGGACGAUUUGAACGCUCACUUGAAUGCAAAACACCGGAAUCAACGCUAA